GAGUGGGGACUAGGGCAACGUAGCGCUGUUUGUGCGGUUCGGCGCCAGUCGAACACCAGACAUGGCAGCGCGCCGACUGCCGCUGCCUCUGCUGUUGCUCGCGGCUUGUGCAACCGCCGAGCUGCGCCUCGUCUCCGUCGUAUUUCGGCAUGGUCCACGUACUCCAGCCGAUACAUAUCCGAAGGAUCCUUAUGUAAACCAUGACUUUGCUCCUGUAGGCUGGGGGCAACUAACUAAUGCUGGAAAAUUAUCUCAGUAUGAGCAGGGCAAGUGGCUCCGUCAGAGGUAUGGUGAAUUCCUUGGAAAUACUUAUUCACCACAAAUACUUGCUGCUCGGAGCACAGAUGUUGAUAGAACAAUAAUGUCUGCUCAGCUGGAAUUGGCAGGGCUGCUACCUCCAAAUGAUGAACAGCGAUGGAACCCUGAGCUUAACUGGCAGCCAAUUCCAGUACACACUCUGCCACUUGCUCUUGAUAAUCUGUUACUAGUAAGAAUCCCAUGUCCCAAAUAUCACCAAGAACUGGAAGCUGUCAUGAACAGUGAAGAGGUCCAAGAAAGACUCUCUGCAUUAAAUGCACAGGAACUGUAUGUGAACCUUACUCAGAUAACUGGUCUCAGUAUACAGAAUCCUGAUGAUGUUCAGUCUCUAUACAGCACACUAAAAGCAGAGGAAGAAUUUUCAUUACAAUUACCAGAAUGGACAAAAGAAUAUUAUCCUCACAAGAUGGUCCCUAUAACAGCAUACAGUUUCACCCUCAAUGGCUACAACAGAGUUUUACAGAAACUCAGAGCAGGUCCACUAUUAAGAAAAAUAGUCAAUGACAUGAAAGGAAAAGCCGAUGGGACUUUAACACCAUCACAAAGAAAAUUUUAUAUGUAUGCUGGGCAUGACUCAACUAUAUCAAAUUUACUCCUUGCACUGAAAGUAUGGGAUGAACAAAUCCCUGCAUAUGGUGCACUAAUUAUGAUAGAACUACAUCAAGACAAAACGAGUGGAGAGCACAGUGUCCAGAUAUAUCUUCGAAAUUCAACCAGCCUUGAUCCAUAUGCACUAAAAAUUUCAGGAUGUGAACUGGAUUGUAAGCUAGAUACUUUCUUGACACUUGUUGAUGAUGUGAUUCCAAAUAAUCUGGAAACUGAGUGCAAAGUUGAAGACCCAAAUUACGUACCACCAACUCUUGCACCUCCUUAAAUAGUAGUAUGAGCUGCCAAUUAAGGAAAGAGGAGGAGGAGGAGGAGGAGGAGGAGGAGGAGGCGAAAUGAAGAUAACGUACUACUAUAUGGUCUUGUGCAUCUCUGGUUCUUCAGAUAUGAUCAUUUGACAACAACUUUUCAGAAACUUAUAAGCAACAACCCAAAAAUUACGAUGAUUAAAAUAGUAACAAACAUAAAAAUGUCAAUAAAAUUAAUACAUCUAAAAUUGCAUUCACAUUUCCACCACAGUAUUAUAAAGUCCCAAUUUAUAUUUUAGCUUUAUCAACAUUAGAUUGCAUUCUAAGAACAUCUUGAAUUAAGUCUUCCAGUUCCAUUUGUAGCAACUGUCCAUUCUUCAACAUGAUCUCAGCUGCUGCUGAAAUUUCUUUGUCAAGUAAGUCAUGAUCUUUGGACCUUUCAGUGAAAUUCUUAUGUAUACUCUGUUCCACCACUUUCAGGCGUUUAUAAAGUGAGUUCAUAUUAUGGUGAAAACGUUUAACUUGCUCCUGUCUUUUCACAUCCAGUUCUUUUAGCUGUUUACUAAGUUGUUUUACUACAAAUGUUAGUUUCUCUAUGUCUUCCUGAAAUUAGAAUUACAGCAAGUAUUAGCAGUUUUAAUGACUAACAGACUUAAGCUACAGAGAGAAAUUCACUGAUAAAUUAUGCUAAAAUACACAAAUAAUGUUCCUUCAUAGACCAAUUUCUCAAUAAUGAAACACAUCUUUUUAGCAUUUCAUUGUUCACCCAGAGAGAAAUGACCUUAUGACUAUGAGUUCAUUGAUUCUCUUCUCAAUCAAUGCUGACAAUCCCAUAACAAUUCACAUGCCUUUCAUUUUACAGUGUACUAUUAACUCCACUUUAAUUAAGAAUCUCACAUCUUCUGUAGUGAAAUUUACCUUUUGUUUCUCACCAUAAGUGAAUAUAUUACCUCUUUCCAUGUUCCAAGCACUACAUAACAAAAAGUUAGAUUUAUAUACAUUUUCUUUUUUCACGUACUUUUUCCUCUUCAAGUAAACUCUCCUAACAACAUGAAGAAAAAUGUCUAAAUCAGACAUUCCACUGGCAAGUUUACAUCAUCAAAAGAAACAUCUUUUAAGCAUUUGGGACUUCAGGUCCCUAAUUAAUCAGCAGAAGCAGGAAUGGCCAUUUGUAUUGUGUGUCCGAAAUAUGUACACCAUGGCUGUGACAUGUGACCUUGUAACAAGACAGACGGAUAUAUUAUUUUUCAUAUUCAUACACCUUCCAAUUUUAACAAUAGAUACUGCCUUUUUGUCUUUUUUUGGAAGACAGGAGUUCUGAAGAUGACUGUUUAGCAACCAAAACAAGUAUACUUUUCCACUGUAUUCAGCAUUAUCAAGACAGUUGUAAUAAAAUUAUCUUUGAUCUAUGUAACUUCCACAAAUAACAAUUACUAUCAAAAGGUUAUAUCACCUAGCUUGUUGUUAUGGAAAGCUUAUAUUUUAUCGGUCCUCAUGAAUGUUUUACUUUCUACUCAGAUUAGAGACUGGCUUUAUAAACAUGACAUAGAUCAUAAUGUGGAAAUAUGUACAUUGUGGUGAUGUUUUUGUACCUGAAGAUGGUCUGAAAGACUAAAAUUGGUUGUAAAAUAAAAGGAAUUCAACUAGCA